AUGUAUGCUUUGUCCUUUUUCGGCGGAAUUAUGCCUUUACCGAGUAGCAGGAGGCCCAUUGUUUCAUAUCUGGUGCUGCUGUUGUUGGAUUGUUACUGGGAAGCGGCGUCUGGGCAGCUCUCCUACUCUGUCUCAGAGGAGGUAAAUCCGGGAACUAAUGUCGGAAAUAUCGCCAAGGAUCUAAACCUCAACGUGCAGGAUUUGGAGUCCCGUUCGUUUCAGAUUGUUACAGGAUCUAAGAGGAAAUACUUCGAGGUAAAUCUAAAGACCGGAUUUCUCUAUGUCAGUGAAAGAAUAGACCGAGAGGAGCUCUGUGCAGACGAGUCUAAAUGCACUGUAAGCGUUGAGGCUGUGAUAAACAACCCAUUAAAGCUUUACCGAGUAGAGGUGGAAAUUAGAGAUGUGAAUGACCAUUCUCCGUCUUUUAACACAAAAUCACAAAUACUAGAUAUAGCAGAGAGUACUUUACCUGGAUUUAGAUUCGCGCUUUCAGAGGCAAACGAUGCAGAUGUGGGUAAAAAUGCUGUUACCGCGUAUAAGCUCAGUCCAAAUGAGUAUUUCAGUCUUGCGACACACAAAAGAGGAGAGAGUAUAUCUCCGGAGUUAGUGCUGCAGAAAGCCCUAGACCGGGAGAAAAAGCCAAAUCUACGGCUGCUAUUAACUGCGGUAGAUGGGGGAUCUCCACCAAACUCAGGCACAUCAGAAAUUGAAAUAAACAUAAUAGAUAAUAAUGAUAACGCACCAAUGUUCAGCAGCACUCUAUACAAAGUUCAAACGUUUGAAAAUAUCCCGAUUGGUACAGCGGUCUUCACUUUAAAUGCGACCGACGCUGAUGAAGGCACGAACAGUGAAAUAGUAUAUUCUCUGCGUAAUAAGGAUCAGGACCAUAUUCUGGAUGUUUUCGAAAUUGACCCUGACUCGGGGAUCAUUUCGGUGAAAGGCAAAAUCGAUUAUGAGGAAAGAAAAGCUUUUGAGAUCCGGGCAGAGGCUCGGGACAAAGGCCAGCCUCCCAUGUCCGCUCACUGUAAAGUGCUGGUGGAAGUAAUAGACGUAAAUGACAACGCUCCUGAGAUCACUGUGACGUCACUGCUCAACACAGUGAACGAGGACGCUGCUGUAGGUACAGCUAUCGCACUUGUUUCAGUUCUGGACAGAGACAGUGGCAAAAACGGAGAAGUAAAAUGUGAGAUCUUAAACACGGUUCCGUUCAAAUUGGAGACAAAUUACAAAAACUAUUUUUCUUUAGUGGUUGACGGGCAUCUAGACAGAGAGUUAACUAGCCAUUACAAUGUCACAAUUUCAGCUACAGAUGAAGGGAGUCCCCCACUUUCUAAUACCAGUGUCAUUGCUGUUUACGUUUCUGAUGUUAAUGACAAUGCGCCAUAUUUCCCAGAACCUGUCAUAAGCGUUUAUGUGAAAGAAAACAGCAAAGUAGGCACAGUUAUUAGCACAGUGACUGCAAUUGAUGCUGACAUCAGCAACAACGGUCAGGUGAGCUACUCAUUUUUAGACAGUAACAGUAAAUCUCUGCCCCUUCCCACGUUCAUAAACAUCAACCCAGAAACUGGAGAUAUAGUCAGUCUGCAGUCUUUUAACUACGAGGAGUUAAAAACGUUUCAGUUUAAAGUUCAGGCCACAGACUCUGGUCUUCCUCCGCUCAGCAGCAACGUGACUGUCAACGUUUUUAUCCUGGAUGAGAAUGACAACAGUCCCACCAUUCUCGCUCCCUAUUCUGAGCACGGCUCCGUUAACAGUGAGACCAUCCCCUAUUCUGCUGAAGCGGGAUACUUUGUGGCAAAGAUCAGGGCUGUAGAUGCAGACUCUGGAUACAAUGCGCUGCUCUCUUAUCACCUCUCUGAGCACAAAGGAAACAACCUCUUCCGCAUCGGAACCAGCACCGGGGAGAUCAGGACUAAGAGGAGAAUGAGUGACAAUGACCUGAAGACUCACCCCUUGCUGGUCUCGGUCUCUGAUAACGGAGAACCCUCCCUGUCAGCUACUGUGUCUAUUGAAGUGGUGGUGGUUGAGAGCACAGCUGACAUCCAGACUCAGUUCAGACAUGUGCCCGUAAAGGAGGAGAGCUUCUCUGAUUUAAACCUCUAUCUGCUGAUCGCCAUCGUGUCGGUGUCAGUCAUCUUCCUGCUCAGCCUCAUCACUUUAAUAGCUGUCAAAUGCCACAGGACAGACAGCACCUUCAGCAGGUACAGCGCCCCAAUGAUCACCACCCACCCUGACGGGAGCUGGUCUUACUCUAAAGCUACUCAGCAGUAUGACGUCUGUUUCAGCUCAGACACGCUCAAGAGUGACGUAGUGGUUUUCCCAGCACCGUUUCCGCCUGUAGAUGCGGAGCUGAUCAGUAUAAACGGAGGAGACACGUUUACAAGAACUCAGACUUUACCUAACAAAGAAAAGGUAAGCUGUGCCCAGUUUCAUUAA